AUGGCUGGCUUAGACUUGGGCUUUGCUUCUCACUUUGUUAAUCAAUUUCAGCACCCUUCCGUCGAUCUCCGCCUGCAGCGGCGGCCGGAUGCCGACGAAGGUUACGGCCAGUUUCACGACGGUGAUGAAGACCACAACAUCUCACAACAACCCAACUCCGGCGGAGAAAUUAUGGGUCGCCGCCCGAGAGGCCGACCGCCCGGUUCGAAAAAUAAACCGAAGCCACCGGUUAUUAGUACCAGAGAAAGCGUUAACACCCUUCAAGCCCACGUCCUGGAAGUCAACACUGGUUGCAAUGUGUUUGACUCGAUCGCCACGUAUGCUCGGAAAUGCCAACGUGGCAUCUGUAUCCUGAGCGGUACUGGCACCGUCACUAAUAUUACCUUGCGACAACCUGCGACCGGUAGCGCCGUUAUCACACUCUCCGACAGGUUUGAGAUAUUAUCUUUGUGGGGUUUGUUUUUGCCUCCGCCGGGGGCGACGAGUUUGAGUAUCUUUCUCUCCGGAGGGAAAGGGCAGGUUAUCGGAGGGAAGGUUGUUGGCUCUUUGAUUGCGUACGGACCGGUGAUUGUCAUCGCUUCGUCGUUUACCAAUGUUGGUUAUGAGAGGCUGCCGUUGGACGACGGCGGCGGCGGCAGGGACCCGUCGGGUGGGUUGCCAUUCUUGAAUAUGCCGUUGAACACGUCGGGGAAUGAAGAACAGCUGCCGGUGGACGGAUGGCGCGGUGGGAGAGCAUCUUAUUAAGCUUCAAGAUUGGGGAAAAAAAGGUUAGGGAAAUUGAUAUAAUAAUUGUUUAGAUUAAUGCUAAUUUUAUUGCGUUUGUGGUUUAAAGAUCAUUAGA